AGCACUACAGUCUUGAUAAUAAGAUCAUGCAUGGUGGAGUAUUGCAGAAUUGGCUCUGAAUUUUUGCAGACAAUGCCUCUGACUCAAGAAAAAGCACAGCCUGUGGUUUGUGAGCCCCAUUGAUCUCGGUGCCUCGUUGUGCAAGCUGUUCACAGGAUCAGACAAACAGCUUGGAGGCCUGCUGUUGCACCCUAGAGCACAUUUUGAUGUCGCCUUUCAAUACAUUACGGUGUUUAAAUAGAAGAUACAGUUGUUGUGAAAUGUCUCAUCCCGUCUUGGUGAAAAGGGGCUUCAACGGGGAUGCGAUGAGCCCAUGGCACAACUUUCUGGAAGGGGUGCAAUGUGUGGCCGGACCUGAAGAAGCCCGAGCAGAGGCUGCCAAGCCAGCCUGGAGCAACAGCCUGCCCAGACUUUGGCAUGUCAUCAUGGAAGGCUUGGCCAGGCAGGGAGCGCGGCCAGCCUGCAAACUGCUGAGGAUGAGCGUCUCGCUCUUGGGCUCCUCGUGCGGCAUCCUCCCCGCAGAGACGCACGUGGAGCGGGCACGGCGCUGGCCUCGCCAGAGCCUGCCGUGGGGAAGGAGACCUCGGAGGGACGCUGGUGGAAGGCAUUCUGCUCAGCCGGUGCUCCGCUCUGUGGCCGGUCUCCCGUCCGAUCUCUUGUCCCGUGUACCAGACACGCGAGGCCUCGUGUGCUGGGAGGAAAGCGGGCUGGUGGCAGGCUGUGGUGGUGGUUUAGGUAGGGUGAGGAUCGCUCCCCCUGCCUGGAGGAGCUGUUGCUGGGAAAGCUCUCCUGUGAUUACCCCUGGGGGAGCACCACAGCCAUUGGGGCUCUUCCGAGGAGGGAGAAGGACAAAGAGUCUUCAAACAGCUUUUAGCAUAGCCUCUUAAACGCAGGUAUUCUUGUCUGGGACGCUCUGAUACCAUUAAGAUGAACGUGGUGUAAAUAACUAGAUAUGGCAUCAGUGAUCAUGAAGUUCAUUGAAAUGCCAGGUUAGUAAUACCUGGAAAAAAAAGGUGAAGCUCUGCCAGUGAAUUGUGCCCUAUAUCACUUGACUAACCUGAAGCUGAACAGAUUUGCACCUUCCCUUGGCUGCAAGGGUCCACACCGGUGACCACCACGCAGAGCUGCAAUAUAUAUAUGUAAGUAAAAAGUAAGGCUGGGCCAAAAUUCUUCGAUGGAACACGUUUCCGUUAUAUAACGCCAGUUUCUCCAAAUGGGAAGGAACCGAUUCAACUUACGGGACAAUGUAAAAGCAAGCCCCCUUUAGGACAUGCUGCGAGGGGAGGAGAUACAGGACAUUGCCACGCAAAAUGUCCCAACCAGGACCAGCUCCUUGCUCGGAGCAGCGGGGAGCGGUGCACGGCCGGGUCCCUGCUGAGGUCUUUGCCUGCCUCCAGGAAAGCGCCUGGCCGCUGCUGACAAGGGAGAGCUGUGAGUAUCUGGGGUGACAGCUACUGCUGGAGAAAAGGGGAAAAACGACCUCCCCUCGCAGCAGCGGUUGCUGCCCUAUCUCUCAGGCCCCGCUGCAGGAGUGGCAAGCCCUGGAAAUGCUCUGAGCACCAGCUUGUACCAGGUAAGCCAAGAUCCUCUGACUUCCAUCUGAAUAGCGCCGAAUGAGGAGCUUCAGAGCACAAGCUAAUAGACGGCAGUUCUUUUUGUCGAAACCUUUAUGUUAAUUCAGUACAGGCUACUCAUGGAAUUUCCCUUCUCUGAGAAAAUCUCAACUUCUAUAGAGAAACAGCGCUCAGUCUUGUUUUUUGUUUCAGAACUUCAGAAGUUCCCUCAAAAAUUCCCUGAAGCCUUAAUAAUAGAUUCU